GUUGCAAAAGAUGUCACAUUGGGGGUCAAGCUAAUCAUUACGGGUAUGUCCAGUUUUACAAAAUCUGCCCAGCAAUGGGCUACGUUCGCCAGGUCGUGGUACCUGAUAGACGCCAAAAUGCAGCCCCCGGGGAAGAUCGCGACCAUGUGUUCAGUCAGACUGCAGGGGAAACAUAAACCCAUAUACCAUGCACUGAGUGACUGCGGUGAUCAUGUGAUCGUCAAGAACACAAGACAUAUUGCGUUCUCCGGGAACAAGUGGGAACAGAAGGUCUACUCUUCUCACACGGGGUACCCAGGUGGAUUCAAGCAGGUCACAGCAGCCCAGCUUCAUAUGAAAGACCCCAAAGCGAUCAUCAAGCUGGCUGUGUAUGGGAUGCUCCCCAAAAACCUGACCAGGAGGACCAUGAUGCAGCGGCUGCACCUCUUCCCGGAUGAUGAGAUUCCCGAGGACAUCCUACGCAACCUGACUGAGGAGCUCCCCCAGCCCCGAGAGAUCCCCAGAAAGCUGAACGAGUACACCCAGGAGGAGCGUGAUGCCUUCCCCAUCCUGUGGACGCCGCCAGAGGACUACAGGAUGAAAUGACCGGCCUCACCCACCUCCAAGCUCCGCCUCCCAUUCCCCUCUUUCCUGCUUUGCACCAGUCCUCGAAUUGUUUCUUUUACCAUUCAAGAUAUGAUGUUUUGACCACGUUUCCACGCUGUCCUAAUAACAUUAAAUAAACCACUGGCUUUCUUUUUCAA